AUGUUUCACAGAGGCAGUGCACAAUUGGCUGUGCAAAGAACUGGGAAACGAUCUACAAGGAUAGCAAAUACAACGUCAAAGAAUCUUCUCGAGAUAUUCAAGGAGCCGGACAGAAACGAUACAGAUGAUUUUAUCAAUGAAUUUGAAGCUGAUGAUAUCGAUAACCAGCUAAGGCAUUCCCAAUUGGGUAGUGAAGGGGGAAAGAGUUUCAAUUAUAUUACCAGUAACGAAAAACCAAAGAUCAAAGGAAAAUUUCAUCCGACAAAAUCUACAGGGAUGGAAAAAAGAAAGAAUGAAACAAACGAACAGCAAAAUCUUACGGCACGUGACUGGACAUUGAAAGUAGCCAAAAGAAUUUCUGACCUUAGUGUACAUGAAUUUGCACAAUUUACUAAGAUAUCCUUAUUAGGAAGAGGUGCAUUCGGAAAAGUCUAUAAGGUUUAUCACGAGCCAUCUGGCAGAAUAUUUGCAAUGAAAACGAUAGUGAUUAAGCAAUCUGAGAACAAUCCGGAUGCAAUCUUGAAAGAGAUCCUCAUCAUGAAGAAUUUGAGGCACCCAAAUAUAGUCAGACUAAAUCAUUACCAUCUAAAUACACACGAGUUAGAUCUUGUCAUGGAAUUUUGCUCUGGAGGAUCUUUACGGACAAUUAUUCGAGAGAAAGGGGGCUUGCCAGAAUCAAGAGUGAUUCAAUAUACUCGACAAAUCCUAAAUGGCCUAAGCUAUCUACACGCACAUGGAAUUAUUCACAGGGAUAUAAAGGCUGCAAACAUCCUUUUGGACGGAGAUAUUGUGAAACUUGCAGAUUUUGGCGUUAGUCUAAACGUUAACGACAAAAAUUUGAGAGACACUAUAAGAAAAGAACCAUAUGGUUCUGUUUAUUGGAUGGCACCUGAAGUUAUUAAACUCCAAGGUGCAACCAAGGCUGCCGAUAUAUGGAGCUUGGGUGCAACAAUCUUGGAGUUACUAACAGGGGAGCCUCCAUUUUCUCAAUAUGAUCCCUUGCCAGCUUGUCAUGCGAUUGGUGUAGGAGAGCGAAUUAUUUAUCCCAAGUCGAUAUCUAGGGAUUGCUUUGAAUUUUUGGACAAGAACUGCUUAGUAUAUGAUCCUGGGAUGCGAUUAACAUCCGAGGAGUUAAAACAUCAUAGAUGGUUGGCAGCAAAUGACGGGAAAAUGAUUUCAAAAGAUAGCAAUAGAGCCAAACUUUCGAAGUUUGAAGAGACGCCGGAUGAUUAUGAAAACUACGAGGACGAGUUUGAAACAUUAGAUAUUGAUAUCAGAGCCUUAAACAACCGUUCUAGAAAUAAGAACAUGAAUAUGUUUGCGGAGAUUUCUGAGGAUUUUGAUGACGGCUUUGAUUUUUCUGAUAGUUCGAGCGAUCAGGAGGACAAACUUUCUAGUUUGGCCAACGAGAUACACAUAAUCAAGAGCAUACCAAACUGUGGGGUGGAUGACUUAGCAAGAGUACACACAUUUGAUAAUGCAAUGAUUCUAAAUAAGUUGGUUGAGCACAAUUUUUUGCUAGAGCUUAUAUACUGCUUAAAUGAUGAGGAUAAGACCGAUCAGCUCAAAAUAGAAAUGUUGCGUAUUGCGAAUGCACUUUUUGAGAAGAGGAUUAGCAGUCUGGAGGAAUUCUGUGUCAGUGGAUCAAUUUCCCAAGUUCUGGAGCUGUAUGAUGAUGCACCUCAAAUAGUUCUCAAAUUCAUCAGCCUUCUUAAGCUUUCAAAAACGUGUGUGCAGAACUUGGGCCAAUCUGGGACAUAUAUAUAUGUAUGGAACAUUUUUGCUCAAGGUUCUCUGACUCUUGAUUACCAGGCAGAAAUAAUACAUCUACUUUCGUUGCUAUUUAACAAUGAAAAAACACGGAAGGACCAGAUAACCGCAUGCCUUGUUGCCAGGAAUGUUCCAAUCGCACUUUCAUCUAGUAUAUCGGAGCUAUCUGGCAGUAACCUGGAUAGUUCAGUUGAUGAGGUCAUGGAUAUUCUCAACAUUAUGCUUGAUUUCGUGCCUACAGCUCACAAAAACUCCAUUUUGACGUUGCGAUUUUACAAAAAUAUAUUCCGCAGUUAUCAUACCUUUUGCUUAAAGUCACGCUUUAAAGCCCUAAGAAUUAUUAUGAUGGAUGGUGAUCAAAGCAGGUCGUUUAUUUCGUUGGCUAGUAUCCCAACUCUUAUUCAGUUGUUGGUACAGGACUUGGUAGAUAAGAUGGAUUCGGAAAUCUACAAGUCUUUUGCCGAAUACGCCAUUGAUUUUAUUGCAAUGUGCUGUAGAGAUACCGAAGAGAAUGUGGAAGAUUUAAUUGAUUGCGGAGGAAUUAAAAUGUUGCACGUGAUUCUCACAUACAGUCAGACUACAAGACAUGUAGAUAAGCAGUUGCGGGAAAAAGUGUCUGUGCUCCUUUUCAGAGUCCUGGAGUUUACAAAUGAAGAAAAAGUAAGAAGAUCAACGAAAGUUUUGCUGAGCAUGCUUUUAAUGAUUAUCGACGACCCAAAGUAUGGUCAACAGACACUUGCCAAGAUAUUAAAUUUUGAGCAAACGAUAGGACUGGAACGAAUUGUCCAGCUAAUUGAUCAGCCAGAUAAUAUUUCACAUAUGCUGAAGGGCUUAUUAAACACCAAUAACUUUUACGGCUAUUGCAGGGAAAUUCAAAGGGCAAUUAUUAUGGAAAUGCACACGGAAAAUAGAUCCAUUUUGGCUGUUAGUAUAGGCCAGAGCGAGGCCAUGCUAGAGUUUUUAUGGAAGAAACUUAAACAUGUGAAAGAUAGAGAUGGAGAGAUGAAGUACAUGAUGCAGUUUCUUUUUCUGAUUUUCAGAAAUUGUGGAGCUCUUAACUCAGAACUAAGAGAGAUUGACAGGGAGCUUAGAGAAACAAAGACAACUGCAAAGAACGAAGUACAGGAUAAUGAAGUAAUUCAAAUAAUGAGGAAGAUGAUACACUUACUACGCACAAAGGCUUGA